AUGGCUCAAGAGUCUCCCAAAAAUUCAGCAGCAGAAAUUGCGGUGACUAGUAAUGGAGAAGUUGAUGACUCUCAUGAACAUGGCUUUAAUAGGGAUUUGAAGCAUUCAUUACCAGCCGGACUUGGUCUCUCAGAAACCCAAAUUACAUCUCAUGGCUUUGACAGUACCAAAGAGGGGAUUACUGAAGCAGAAGCAUAUGAAGGUCCCUCAGCACCACCAUUGCCAUCUGUUAUGUCUCCUAGCAGGGUUGCAGCUAGUCAACUGGCUCAACAAGGAAGUGAUUUAAUUGUUCCUGCAGGUGGCCAGAGAACACAGACAAAAAGUGGACCAGUUAUUUUAGCCGAUGAAAUUAAAAAUCCCGCAAUGGAAAAGUUAGAACUUGUUAGAAAAUGGAGUCUAAACACCUACAAGUGCACUCGACAAAUUAUCUCUGAAAAGCUAGGCCGUGGAUCAAGAACUGUGGACCUUGAACUUGAAGCUCAGAUUGAUAUAUUAAGAGAUAACAAGAAAAAGUAUGAAAAUAUUCUAAGACUUGCUCAGACAUUGUCAACCCAGCUUUUCCAGAUGGUACAUACACAAAGGCAACUUGGAGAUGCUUUUGCUGACCUGAGUUUGAAGUCACUAGAACUCCAUGAAGAAUUUGGUUAUAAUGCAGACACCCAGAAGCUACUGGCUAAAAAUGGAGAGACUCUUCUUGGAGCCAUUAAUUUUUUCAUUGCCAGUGUGAACACUUUGGUGAAUAAAACAAUUGAAGAUACAUUAAUGACUGUGAAACAGUAUGAAAGUGCCAGGAUUGAAUAUGAUGCAUAUCGAACUGAUUUGGAAGAACUGAAUCUUGGACCUCGUGAUGCAAACACAAUGCCAAAGAUUGAGCAUUCACAGCAUAUGUUCCAAGCACAUAAGGAAAAAUACGAUAAAAUGCGAAAUGAUGUUUCUAUCAAGUUGAAAUUUCUAGAAGAAAAUAAGGUGAAAGUAUUGCACAACCAGCUGGUCCUUUUCCACAAUGCCAUCGCCGCCUACUUUGCUGGGAACCAGAAGCAGCUUGAACAGACCCUUAAACAGUUCCACAUCAAGUUGAAAACGCCUGGAGUGGAUGCCCCAUCUUGGCUGGAAGAACAGUAA